CAUCCUUUUGCUUUUGCGGUUUGUACCCGUCUAAUUUUUGGUUUCGAGAAUAAAGUGGCAAAAUGCUUCAGCCACAAGACCCAAUUCCUCUGUGAUGUCAAAGAAACUCUUUUAGAAUCUCUCUUUGGCUCUCUGUAACUUAAAAACACUGUUUCUCGUUCUCUUUUCACGCCUGAAGGUAAACAGUCUCUGCAACUCAGCAAUAAGCAUGGGGUUGGAUAGUCUGCUGCCUCUACAGUAAACACAUUAAAACUAUAGUUGGUUAUGAUAAAGCGGAGACAAGAGAAAAAAGUGUAUGCAGUACUUCUCAUGAAAAUCACAGAAAGUUGUUAUUUUUCAUCUUUCCCUAUGAAUUUAUAAAGCAUUGCUUUAUUUAGGAAAGGAGGAAAAAGCUGUAUUUAGCUCAUAUACAGGCAUGGGUAACCCACAGCAGCUUAAGAGAAGAGUAGCAUUUGUGCUUAUUGAUGGGUUGGGUGAUGUGUCAUUACCAAAAUUUGGGUUCAAGACUCCUCUUCAAGCAGCCAACCUGCCCCAUUUGGAUGCUAUUGCAUCUGCAGGAAUUAAUGGUCUAAUGGAUCCUGUUGAAGUAGGUUUGGCUUGUGGAAGUGACACAGCUCACCUUUCUCUGUUGGGUUAUGACCCAAGAGUAUAUUACCGCGGCCGAGGUGCAUUUGAGUCUAUGGGUGCUGGAUUAGCCAUGUCACCAGGUGAUAUUGCAUUUAAGUCUAAUUUUGCAACUUUGGAUGAGAAAACUGGAAUAGUCAUCAGCAGGAGGGCUGACAGGCACUUUGAAGAAGAGGGGCCCAUACUCUGUGCUGCACUUGAUGGAAUGAAGCUUCCAUCUUUUCCUCAGUAUGAAGUCAGAGUGAGGUAUGCAACAGAACAUAGAUGUGGAGUGGUUGUGAAAGGACCAAAGUUAAGUGGAAAUAUAUCAGGAACAGACCCACUCAAGGAUAACCGCCUGCUCUUGAAAGCUGAAGCUUUAGACAAUACUGAAGAAGCAAGGCAUACAGCUGAAGUUGUCAAUGAAUUAUCCAAGGAAAUUUCACGGAUUCUGGUUUCUCAUCCACUGAAUGCCAAGCGGGCUUCAGAAGGGAAGAACAUAGCUAAUGUGGUCCUUCUACGAGGUUGUGGUAUUAGAAUUGAGGUUCCUCCAUUUCUAAAGAAACAUGGUUUGAGGCCAUGCAUGGUAGCUCCUACAAAAAUUAUAGCUGGGCUGGGAUUAUCUCUGGGCAUUGACAUCCUAGAAGCUCCUGGAGCAACCGGAGACUAUCGAACGCUUCUAACUUCCAAAGCAACUGCAAUAGCUAAGGCACUCUCAGCUCCUUUGCAGUCUUCCCCAAACGUUUUUGUACCAGGUGAGGAUGAACACAAACCAGGCCAUUCAGAUGGCUAUGAUUUUGGGUUUCUUCACAUAAAGGCAAUAGAUGAUGCAGGGCAUGAUAAGGCAAGCAUUUUUAAAGUCAAGGGAUUGGAGGCUGUAGAUAAAGCCAUAGGGCAGCUGGCCAAGUUCCUCUGGGAGGCUGAGACAACUGGUAAUUUCCAGUACUUCUUAUGCGUCACUGGAGACCAUUCUACCCCAGUUGAAUAUGGAGACCACAGCUUUGAACCUGUUCCAUUUGCAAUGUGUCGGUUGAAAGACUUUGUGGCUACUGUCGGCGUUGAAUCUAUCUUAGGGACCCCUAUUGAUCCAUUUCCUCUUCCAACUGUUGAAGCGGGUGAAGACCUUAUUGACAAUGUUGGGAUGGAACAAGAAGAAAGAAGAAAACAAACUCGAGCUUUCAGUGGUGAUUCAGUUUAUGAGUUCCAUGAGAUAGCUGCUGCAAGAGGAUGUCUUGGGCGUUUCCCUGGUGGAGAGAUGAUGGGAAUUAUAAAAACAUUUCUUGAAGUAGAUGCAGAAGCUGUUUUUGCAGAAAGUUGAGGAAUUCCAAAUAGUUAAGAUGGAUGAUGCCUCUUAACUAAAUUUUGGGAGAUUCUUUUAAUGUUAAUUUGGGAAAGAAGGAAAAAACAAAUUGUACACAAUUUAAAAUAAGCCCGUCCGAAGGUUUUUCUUUUUUUCUUGUUCCCAAUGUUUUUGAUCUUCUUACUGCAUGGACCUGCUAUGUGAACUAGUUUUCUGGUGGGAACCCAUUGUACUAGUUGCGCAUUGACAAAAAUAAAAUCUCAAUGUCUUUCAAACAA